AUGGCGAGACUAGCGGUCGUAGGCCUUAAGGAGCUUUUACAAGUUAUUGCAGAGAACAAGAGCCGUUACACGACAAUUUUUGUCAAAUAUUACGGAGAUUAUGAUGAUCAUGGCCUUAGUUGGUGUCCAGAUUGUGUAAAAGCUGAACCCAUUAUCGACAAAAUUUUCAGUGAACUGAAGGAUAACGUGCUGUUAGUUUCCUGUGCUGUUGGAGACCGACCAAAGUGGAAAGAUCAAGAGAAUGAAUUUAGAAAACAUGAAAUCAUUCAGCUGAAGUCUAUUCCAACCUUAAUCGAAUGGGGAACUGUAAGAUAUUUUACUUGA